AUGGAUUACCUCCCUCUCCCCCAACAUCUGGUCCUUCCGCCUAUUGAGGUUUCCUUCUACGAUCCCAUUGCGUAUUGGUACGACGCAGACUGGCAGGAGUACAUAGAUGGAAGGUACUGGGACAAUUUCCCCAAGCGAUACGGAUAUGAAUUGGACGACUUUUGGGAAGACCUAGGUUCGUACUCUAACAAAGCAUGGGCACAUGGGGAUUUCCACACAUGGCUCAUGCAGAAGCCGUCUGAGGAGCUGGAGGCGAUGGCCGUUGCCUGGCUCUUCUUUGGCACGCUUGCUGAGGUCACCUGCUGUCAUUUGGAUAUCGCCAACUAUCUCAAAGUGGCAGAUAAUGGCAGAUUUGUUCUUUCAAUGACAAAGGCGUCUAUGAACGCUAUUCUGGACAGGUGGUUUAUCAUCCAGACCCAUUUUAGAGGCUCCGUAUGCGUUCGCGGUGUCCCAGAACCGCAGCCUAGCGUCAUGAUGGAUCGCGCUGCAAGGCUAGCAGACAAGGACGGGAUUCAGACACAAUAUGACACACCGUUACCACAAGACGACCUUCCCAGGGCAAAACUCAACGCCCAAGGGAGAUCACUACCGUUUGAGCGAGCCCACAAAUGCCUCCAAAAAUCGAAAGCCAUCAUAGGUCUCAUGUGUGAAGCGAUAGAACCCAAAACAGUAUUCGUUAUCGCCAACCUUCAUGAGUUCCUGGCACAUGCAUUGACCAAUCUCAUAUUUAGAGGCGAGGUCGAAGCGGCUUACGAUAUGCUUGGAGGAUACUCCCUUGGCAUGUGGACGGGUGGGUCGGAUUUCACUCACUACACCCGAGGACUUUUGCGUUCUCUUGGAUGGUGUCCACGAACGACGGCGUCUUAG